AGCCGGUCUUGAUUGGUGUGGCAUGUGGGUGACCAGCUGAAUCUUUGAAUUCUGUUUGGUCUUCCAGAGUCUACUGAAGGGGCAAACGACAAUUUCGCGCGUAACUGGGUCGUUAAUUCCGGUAUUCUGCCUCUUGUGUCCAUAUUUAGAACCUAGAGGACUCGUUGAAAGCUGAAACCCCGAAAUCCAAACCCUUCUUCGGCUUCACAUAUCCUUCCUUCCUACCCUCGAAUAUGUGAUUCUGCUUGAAAACUAUCCACUCCGCCACAUGGGCGCACCAAAAAUACUGGUCACCAUUCUUCUAUCCGUGAGUCAAAUUUUAAUUUGUGCUUCGUCCCCAUUUAGUAACUGUGAGAAAUGGGGUUUGGCCGAUGUCUAGUAAUUGGCUUUAUUUUAUAAGUUACCAACUCCAAAAAAAAAAUCUUCCUGUGUCUGUAUUUGACCACUGUUCGUUAGGAGGAGGCUCUAUUAUCUGAAAAGUCAUCGGAUAUUAAUGUUGAAGAGAAGAUCAAGGUAGUUGGUAUUUGUUGGGCUUUUAGUUUCGUAUUUCACGAGAAAACUUGGUAGGUCACAAGAAAAGGUCACACGGGAAGCUCACGAGUUUUCACCCGCUUCACCGUCACGGCUGAAGUCAGUUUCUCUUCAAAGUUCCAUUGUUCUUUUUAGCUUCUGGGAAUCCAAUUUUAAUGUACUUAGAGGUUGAGAGACACAGAUCAUAUAUCUUGUUUGUUGAAUUGAUAUCGUGGAGACGACAUGAGUCAUUCUGGAGCAGAAAGGGAAGGCAGAGCUGGAGUUGAAGUUACCAAGGACAAGAAUGGAGUAGACCAGGUUGUUCUUCGGAACAAUCGAGGAGCUUCAGCAAGGGUUAGUUUGCACGGAGGGCAGGUACUUUCAUGGAAAACUGAACGUGGUGAAGAAUUACUCUUCACUAGCAGUAAGGCUAUCUUUAGUCCUCCGAAAGCAGUGCGAGGAGGAAUUCCAAUAUGUUUUCCACAGUUUGGAAACCGAGGAACACUAGAGCAACAUGGAUUUGCAAGGAACAAGAUGUGGGUCAUUGAUGACAAUUCUCCACCAAUUCCUAGUACCGAUUCCAAUGGCAAAUCCUAUAUUGACUUGCUACUCAAACCAUCUGAAGAAGAUCUUAAGAUAUGGCCACAUAGCUUUGAGUUUCGGCUUAGGGUGUGUUUGGCAGCAGAUGGCUAUCUAACUGUGAUUUCUCGCAUCAGGAACGUGAACAGCAAGCCUUUCAGUUUCUCCUUUGCGUAUCACACGUACUUCUCUAUCUCUGAUAUCAGUGAAGUGAGGGUAGAAGGGUUGGAGACUCUUGAUUAUCUCGACAACCUACGCAAUAAAGAUCGCUUCACAGAACAAGGGGACGCUUUAACAUUUGAAUCUGAGGUGGAUCGUGUCUAUCUGGAUUCAUCAAAUGUUGUCGCUGUUCUAGAUCACGAAAGGAAGAGAACAUUUGUGAUAAAAAAGGAAGGACUUCCAGACAUUGUUGUUUGGAAUCCAUGGGAGAAAAAGUCAAAAACGAUGAUGGAUCUUGGGGAUGAAGAGUACAAGCAUAUGCUUUGUGUUGAUGGUGCAGCAGUUGAGAAACCAAUCACAUUGAAGCCAGGUGAAGAAUGGACUGGCCGCUUGGACCUUUCUGUUGUCCCCUCUACCUGAUCCCCGUUAGCUGACUUUUAGAUGCGCAUGACUCUGAAUGUAAACCACCCAGCAUUCUUUUUAAAGAGCUGGUAACAGUCUAUUUAAAAUAAUAAUGUUUAAGUGAUAUAAAUGUAAAUAAUAGGAGAUGAUCCCAGACAUAGGGCAAAUUGAAAAUAAGUCUCCUGUAAUUUUUUUUUCUUUUUUAAAAAAAAAAAGAUAGAUAUGAGCUAUUUACUUGAUAUGGAGCCCAAAAUAAGAUCAAGCAUGCAAGUAUGAGAAUAGACAUUGUAAGAUGAUCCGCACUUAUCAUAGCGGCUUCCUAGAGUUUAUAAAAUUUGUAUUGGUAUUGAUGCAUAUUUCCACUCUUCAGUGAAUUUGAAAUACAUAAGUGACGCACUUGAAGUGAUUGUUGGAUAUGAUUAAUGAAACUGUGAGGUGAAUUUCUCAGAA